AUGGCAGGCGCCUACCCUUACGGGGUGCAGCUAGCAUCUUCGGGAAUGAAUAUCUCAACUUUGCCUGCAGCUAGCAUCUGGGCGGAUACAUGUGCUAUUGACGCACGACAAUUCCGAGGAUUAGCCAACCAAACACUUCCGUUCCAAAUAGACGACCCACUUGCAGAUGUGCUCUACGAUGUCGGUCUUGGGUCUUCAAACGGUUCCCAGAUAGUUGUGGAUAUCAAGGCAUUCAUGAAGUCACUCGGGGAUCGACCGUUCUAUAGUCGGUCCAUGCUUCGCCAUGCCGCAGACCAGCUGAGCAGGGCUCGAAAUGGUCUGAAAAUCACGUUAACGGAUUGCUAUGGUGCGAAAAGAGUCUAUCCAGCCAGAGACCUAUCCUUGCCCAGUCAAGAUUUCUCCCUAGGUUACAACGGACUUCACCUUCUUGCCACUGCACAGUCUGCACCGCAAGGUGACCACUUCAGCCUCGACGACAUGCUCCCAAUCUACGUCCGGGUUGGUAAAAAGGCUAAAGAAACUACCAAUUUGUACGACCGUGUCCUCCAGAAGGUUCGCAUGCAAAACUUCGAAAGGCUUUGGCAGUGGACUCCUCCACGCCAUAUCUUGUUCGACAGCCUCAACAGACUGAAGCACACAGCACGGAUUACGAACAUUGUGUGCAUCGGACUGGGAACCCUGCAAAUGUCAGAUCCAAGGAGAGCCAACCCGACAAUGCAGCAUAUCGUUGCUUCUUCUAUCGCUCAAGAUCUAGAACGGAUUUACGAAGCAGAAGGCACUCCAGUUGACACACCCAUCACAAUCAUUGCCCAAGAUCCCGCUUACGAUGAGCUCGACCGGCGAGCCCUAUUGGAUCUGCCAGUACCUAUUAAGAUCGUUUCUGAUCCUGAAGGGUUUCUGGCAAUCAACGAAUCUUCGCUUGUAUUCUCCAGCUACCCGGCAGUUCCAGUCAAGCAACUCGUCGCAGAUCUCUCAAGCGAAGCACCAGACGGCAAAGGUCCCGCUGCUCUGUUCGUGAACAGGAACCCCCUUGAGAAAGCUCACGGCGAUGUCAAUCUCAUCAGAUACGAUUGGGACAUCGAGAGACCUUAUACCGACCCGCAUACAAGUGAUUACCUGAGGAUGCUCGAGUCUUAUACGCAAGUAUUCGAUGAUCCUCUCCACUACCGUGUGGUUGGGUAA